GUCUGCAGGAGCUUACAGGGCAAGAGUUCACCGGUCCGUCGCUAACUCUGGGAGUUUCUCUCAGUUUGAUGAGAGUUGACGAAGUCUGGAGGCAAAAAAACCAAACACAUGUCAUCUACAAAGGAGUCGCUGUCCGCAACAUAACUUCAGCCUUACUCAUGGAUAUAAGUUAAGCCCGUGAAGUGCACUGGAUAAGUUCACCGUAAGUUUUGGUGGCAGAGGCGGUGUUUUUAUUGACUUCAAGGACGAGAACGGCGAUGCCCUUUUAAACGGGGAAGUUUUCUGGAGGUGUUUAAGAGACAGAGGCCCAAGACAUGAUGUCCAUUGGAGCUGAUAGCUGACACUGUAGAAUGAGAGAGGAUGGAACAGACAGACAGCCCUGCCCCUGAGAGCAACAACCCUAAUGGGUUUGUCAACCGAGUGUUUAAUGUUUCUCUGGAUGUGGAGAAUGAAACCAGCAGUGUUUAUAUUCAGGAGACUGGGCCAGGGCCUGCAGAGGGGCAAGGAGAGACCCAGGCUGCCUCUUCUCAGGCCCCUGUCAAGGACAGACAAGAGGUCAACCGGAGGCCCCGUGCCACAGGGGGUAUCUGGAAGAUCUUGAACCGAAAGAGAGCUGUGUCAGAGCUGGAGCGCAGACCCCACUCCAUGAUCCUGCCUGGGGAGGCUUCCAUCCCUAAACUCUCAUUUGCUGACAAAGUUCGCUCCUUCAAGAAGCUUAAAUCUCCCUCUGUGUUUAGGGGGAGGGCAGGGAAAUUGUCCACUGCAAAGUUCAGCAGCUCGUUUGUGGAUGAGGACUCUUUCUGCCGUGACAUUGGCACUCCACAGCAGUCCAGCAGGGGCACACUUCGACACCGUGGCAAGAGGCACUCAUAUGCUGGCUAUACAGCAGAAUUUGACUGCUCAUUUGAAGAUAUUGACCUCUCAGCUCCGAUAGACGGCCAUCAGCCCACUGUAAUAGGAGAGCCUGUGACUCAGAAUGGUUGUAAACCAUCUGAAAGAGUUUUCUAUACUAAAAGAAUUCACAACAAUUCAACCAACUGUAACAAAACUGCUGCAGGCUCCGAAGAGCCCACCAUUAAAGGUAGCCCGAGCACCCACCAGGCGAGAGGAAGGAGGCACAAAGAUGUGUGGAGUUACCUGAGGAGGAUUUCUCUUUUGGGGAAGGCCAAUCCUGUCUACUCAGAGCGCAGCUUUGACUCUGAGCUUCACUCUCUGGACAAAACCAUUGACUCAGACUAUGGCUCUGUAGACUUUGAGAGUGUCAGAGACUUUCAACCUCCGCCCCCAAAACACUCUGAUAACAAGGGGCACUUUGGUGGUCUGUUCAAGUUUUUCAACAGUGUAGCAGAGACAGCCAGAAAAUGGCGGACAACAUCACGUUCCUUCUCUCCUCCAGAAGGAGAGAGGACUCCGAUGAGCUCCCCACGGGCCGCACAGCGCACAGUGGACAACAUUCACAGUGUGUCCCUUACGCUUCACAGCGAAGGACUUCCAAUAUCCCAGCCUACCCCAUCAUCACCAGUGAACACUAAAUCCUUACACUGCAGUGGCUUUGACAGUGAGGGUCCGACACCUGUGACAGGUGGACGAUCCCCAAACGUGGUCCUGAAAGCCUUUAGGGCAUGCCCAGGAUCUCAAGCUGUCAAUGGCCUCCAGAGUUCUGAGGGUACAGACAACCAUAUAGACAGAGAGACAAACCACAGGUCCACAGCUAUAGUAGAGAAUCAUAUCCCUCAGUCAGGUACAAACACAGACACUAAAAAAGUAGCAGAGGUUAAACAGGAUCCAUUACACUGUCUCUGUCAAGAGGAAAAGAUAGAGGGACAGACAGGAAAUGAGCAGGAUUCCAGGGAUGCUCCACCUGACUCCCACCAGAUACAGGAAGUGAAUGUCCAAUCACAACAAGGUGAUAAAGAGAGCACGACCAAUAGCGUACCAGCGACAGAUUCCACAGAGGAAAUAUUUAAGCUGUGUGAGCAGAUUGCCAGCCAGACAGGCUGCAGUGUAAGACAGCCGGGCUCAGCCGUGCCCCACUCUAGCACAGAGAAGACCUCUGUACAUCACAAGCCCCUGCGCCCUCGUCCUCGCCCGGCCUCAGCUGUCCUGGACCUGUGGAGGCCAAACCCAGACCGAGAUCUCUACAGCCAUUAUAGUGAGGUUGGCUCACUGUGUCGGCGGAGACGCAGGCCUGCUCCCACCAUGCAACACUCUCCGGGGCAGAGACGGGUGGCUGCUCGCUCCAGGCCUUGCUCUGUCAUAGAGACCAGUGUUACUAGGGAGACGCAGUCCACGGAGCUGCACCACAGAGCCUUGUCUCGCCCCCCGGGUGUGUCACCGCUAGAGCCCCCACUCAGGGCAUCUCUCCAGCGGUGCCGCUCCCUGCCGCUUCCCCCCAGCACUCUCACCGCCUUGGCGCUACUCCUGCCUCAGUCAGGGGACAUGGGUCAGUCGUCAUCAUCGGUGCGUCUGCGGUCUGGAGGCUCUGGUAGCUGCAGGAGGAGGAGGCUGAGACCUGGUUCGGAACCAUUGCAGGUCAAUAUAUUGAUAAGUGGAGGUUCAAUCGUCAAUGCUGAGGCGGUAUGGGACCAUGUAACCAUGGCGGACCGGGAGUUGGCGUUUAAGGCCGGUGACGUCAUCAAGGUGCUGGACGCCUCCAACAAGGACUGGUGGUGGGGCCAGAUUGACGAGGAGGAAGGAUGGUUCCCUGCCAGCUUUGUACGGGUGGAACCCCACCCUCCUCAGCCCCAAACAAAACAGGUUUUCUAUAUCAACCCCAUAGCAACUCCACGGUUCCAAAACACCACGUCAAAGCUGUGGGUGAACCAGGAGGAUGGGGGAGCAGAGCCAGCUGAGGGAACCAGCGAGGUGCAGAAUGGACAUCUGGACCCGACCAAUGACUGCCUGUGUCUGGGGUCGCCUCUCCAGAACCGAGACCAGAUGAGAGCUAAUGUCAUCAAUGAGAUCAUGAGCACAGAGAGACAUUACAUAAAACACCUCAAGGACAUCUGUGAGGGUUACCUGCGCCAGUGCAGGAAGCGUGUGGACAUGUUCAAUGAUGACCAGCUCAAGGUCAUCUUUGGCAACAUCGAGGACAUCUACCGCUUCCAGAUGGGCUUUGUUAGAGACUUGGAGAAACAGUACAACACAGAGGAACCGCACCUCUCUGAAAUUGGACCAUGCUUUUUAGAACACCAAGAUGGGUUUUGGAUCUAUUCAGAAUACUGUAACAACCACUUGGAUGCCUGUAUGGAGCUGAGCAAGCUGAUGAGGGAUGGCAGGUACCAGCACUUCUUCGAGGCCUGUCGCCUCCUCCAGCAAAUGAUUGACAUCGCCAUAGACGGCUUCUUGCUCACCCCUGUCCAGAAAAUCUGCAAAUAUCCACUCCAGUUGGCCGAGCUUCUCAAAUACACUGCACAGGAGCACAGUGACUAUCGAUACGUGGCGGCGGCCCUGGCAGUAAUGCGGAACGUCACUCAGCAGAUCAACGAAAGGAAGAGGAGGCUGGAGAACAUCGACAAGAUCGCCCAGUGGCAAGCCUCUGUUCUGGACUGGGAGGGGGAUGAUAUUUUGGACAGGAGCUCGGAGCUCAUCUACACUGGGGAGUUGUCAUGGAUCUAUCAGCCGUAUGGACGCAGCCAGCAGCGAGUCUUCUUCCUCUUUGAUCACCAGCUGGUCCUCUGUAAGAAGGAUCUGAUACGCCGGGACAUCCUGUACUACAAGGGCCGCAUUGACAUGGAUCGCUACGAGGUGCGGGACGCCAUAGACGGGCGUGACGAUGACUUCAACGUCAGUGUGAAGAACGCCUUCAAAUUGUGCAACAAAGACAGCGAGGAGAUCCACAUCUUCCUGGCCAAGAAGCCUGAGGAGAAGAUCCGCUGGCUCAGGGCCUUCCACGAGGAGAGGAAGAUGGUGCAAGAGGAUGAGAAAAUCGGUUUUGAGAUCUCUGAGUACCAGAAGCGGCAGGCGGCCAUGACAGUGAGAAAGGUGACCAAACAGAAAGGUGUAAACAGGUGCACGCCCCCCUCAUACCCACCCCCCCAGGACCCCCUCAGUGCGGGGCAGUAUGAGGUAACGGAGGACAUGGCACAAGGAGAGGUUUUUGAAUUCAGUCAAUCCAAAAGAGGCCAGGCUCCUUUCUGGCAGAAUUUUAGUAGAUUAGCUCCAUUUAAGAAAUAGAGAUACACAGACUCUUCUGAAGGACCAGCUAUUUUUCUUAGAAGCACUAAACACUGGAUGAUCAUGUCCCAUGAUGAAGAAAAAUACAAAAAAACACACAUACCCAAGAGACUCCGAAGUUAAGGACCAAUGUUAAUAUAGAGUGUGAUUUGAAGCAGCAAGAGGACUGAAGACUUGGAUUUAAAAAAUUGAGAAAAAAAAAAAAACUUUACAAUUCAUAUAUGUUAGUAACGUUCUUAGUUAUCAUGCUUCUCCAGAUGAGUCAACUGUCAUGAACUCCUUCCCUCGGAUUCUGCAUAUUCACGCCAUCUGAAUGUCCUGGAGUUAUUGAGAUUGUUAUAUGAUUUCAUUUUUAUUCCAUCAUCUGGAAAGAAACACAAGGCCAAGCCAGGUCGCUCCUAAGAGUAUGAUUGUGUCCAAAAGCUGAGAUCUUGCUGUGCUGCUAUGUGAGAUUGCUUGUUGCAUUCUUCUGAAUGUGAGAUUGAAUAAUGACGAGCCUCAGCUACCACCUGUGGCGCGGGAAGGACCUGUGAGGCUCGACCGUCAGCGCCACCUCUGAGUUAGAUCCAUCCCGCCGCUGAUCACAGACUGGUCAGGCCAUCUCUGCUCUACUGAUGUCUGCAUCUGGAUCUCCCCCUCACUCUCAACGCUCCAUCCUCCUUUCUCUAGCUGUCUGCAAUAUAGUAGCCCUCUCUUCACCGAGUCUGACAUUCACAGCGUUUCCCUCCCUCUCUGCAUCCCUCUCUUGUCCUCUCUAUCUCUCUACCCACCUGCUCAAGCCUCUGUGAGUCAGUGGCUCUCAGAGGAAGAGCUUCAUUCUUUUGGAAACCUGCCAUUGGCUAUGAUAUGACGGGUCAGGGAACAAAUCAAUAGUCGGAACAUCAAUAGAAUAUUUACGUCCUUUCACCAACCACUUUUGACAGGGUAUUCAUAUCCGAUCACGCCGAGGGGCUGUGGGUUGCGUUUGACGGAGAGCUUGCCGCUCAGAUGAAACAGCUGGGAGCAGGAGAUAGGCAGGCUAUACGGUUCACCUGCCUUGUGUCAGAGCCCCUCCCCCACUCUCCCCAGAGACCACCCCUGUAGCACUGUGCUGGCAGCUCACUGGGUGUUUGGAAAGAGCACAGCCUACCUCUGGAAAUCCACUGAGAGCUAAAAGUGAAGUUGAUGCAUUGGCCAAGGUCUAAAAUAAUAUCUUUUUCAUAUCAGCUGUAAAAACAAAACAAAAAAAAAGACUUCCAUCAGUUGACUUAAUUAUUUUGUAUUGCUCACACUGUAAAAAGCACAGCACAUAUUCAGUCUGAGGAGUACUUUUUCUCUCAUUUAAGUAGGAGCAAUGCAGCAGUGUGAGAAAUUAGAGAGUACACUAACCAGCACAAGGGGAAAUGGUCAGAAAAAUGGCAGACAUUAUAAAUGAACAGGUCGACCAUAUCAGUCUUAAAGUACACGGCAGAAAGGUGAAUUUAAUCUGUAGCAUGCAGGUGUCCUCUGACAGAUUCAUACGUUUCUAAAGGCUGCAGCUUCCAAAUCUUGGCACCCCCUCCCCGUCACAUUGUUCUCCAGAUCUGAUCCAUGUUCUGGCACUUGGCGCUGGCACUGUUAAGGUGAUUUGCAAAGGACUGUGGCCUGUUCAGAUUGAUUUGAUUCUUCAACAAAGUCCCCGAAGCUGCUGUGAGAGAGAUCCUCGCCAUAGAGUCCUUCAACUGAGGCGUUAGGAAAGAGAAGAUCAACGGAGGAGAAACUACCGAUUUACACACAUCAUGAAGGUGUAUUCUUUUCUACAGUUGGAAUGUAAGUGAAACAUCUGUCCAUAGUUUGUUAUCAUAUUUUGACCUCAGAUACAGAAGUACAUUUUGUGUUGAAUUAUAUCACCUGAUGGACAGUACAUAUACAGUAUGACAACUUGUGCAAUGUGAUAUAUCAUUAUAUAUCUUCACUAUUCACUGCAACGUGAUAUGAAAGAGUUAUAUAUCGUUCUAUGUCAUUUGUUUGCCUUCUUACAGGCCUUAUAACCUAUUGGAAAAAAGACCUUAGAAUUGCUUUGUAUGUUGUGUAAUUUAUGUUUUGUUUCAGUAAAGAAAGUUGAGAAAUGGG